AGGAAGUAAUACAGAAAUUAGAAUUUGGAAGAAAAAAUGAAAUAAAAUUAUUUAAUAAUUCUGGAUGAAAGUGCGAUGAAAUAUGCACGAUGCGUUUGAAUAUGCUUCGAUACUUGAACGAUUGCCCUUAGUCAUCGAAUCCAUCACCAGCUAUGAUAAUCACCUACUAGUUGGUACAAGACCAGGUCACUUGCUGGUAUAUAGCAUCAAAGAUGGGACAGGUGAUCAAAGAUUCGAAGUGCAACUUAAAAGGUCUAACAAACUAUUCUCCAAGAAACCAAUCGUUCAAAUGACAGUUGUACCUGAAUUCAAUUUAUUAAUCAGUCUGUCAGAUAGUGUUGUGAGUGUCCAUGAUCUCGAUUCAUUCAUUCUCAAAUCUGUGCUGAACAAAACUAGGGGAGCUUCAUUCUUUGCUCUCGAUCUUCAGAAACAUAAGAAGUCCACUGUUUUUGAUCCGACGCCAACAUUCACACUGCGCAUGUGUGUAGCCGUCCGUAAACGAUUGAUGUUGUUUGUUUGGCGCAGUGAUCAGUUUGAAGAAUUGGGUGAGGAACUAGGAAUACCAGAUGUUGCCAAAACCGUCGCAUGGGCUGGCGAUAGUUUGUGCGUUGGAUUUAGAAGAGAGUACUAUUUGAUAAAGAUUGCGACGGGACAACUCACGGAACUUUUUGCAACAGGCAAAAAUCUUGAACCGAAUAUUUCAGUUUUGAAAGAUGGCAGCCUGACUCUGGGGAAAGAUGAGGUCACUGUUUUUAUAGAUUCCGAAGGAAAACCCGCAAAACGCAAGGCGCCCGUCUGGGCCGAUGUGCCCCUUGCUAUAGAUUUUUACGAUCCAUACAUGAUUGGUAUUCUUCCAAAAUACGUGGAGAUCAGAACGAUUGAGCCGCGUGCUCUGGUUCAGAGUAUUGAACUGUCAAAACCUCGUUACAUAUCACACGGGAAAUAUAUCUACGUUGCGUCAUCAAGCCACGUAUGGCGUCUCGUCCCAGUGCCUAUUCCGAUGCAAGUUUUACAACUCCUGCAAGAGAAACAGUUCGCACUUGCUUUGUUAUUAGCCAACAACAUGGACGAUAAUGACUCGGAGAAAACAAAACGAAUCCAGAGCAUCCAGUAUCAAUAUGCUUUUGAAUUGUUUUGUCAGAAACGUUUUGAGGACUCUUUCAAGAUAUUUUCCGAGCUAGCCACAGAACCCCCGGAAGUGAUUGGAUUAUUUCAAGAUCUCUUGCCCGCAGAUUUCAGGAAGCGCAUGGACUAUCCAUCCACCCCACCCGUGCUCUCAGGCAGUGAAAUGGAAAAAGGAUAUCUUGCUCUUACCCAAUAUUUAGUUAAGGAAAGGAAUGCAUUAGCAAAAAAAUUUGAUGAGGCAAACGGCGAAGAAUUGCUCGAAGGUGAACUUAAAUCCAGGAAAGCAUUACGGCAAAUCAUUGACACAAGUCUACUAAAGUGUUAUUUACUGACAAACGAUGCACUGGUCGCUCCAUUUUUACGACUGGAGAACUACUGUCAUCCGGUUGAGUGUGAAAAAGAGCUUUACCAUCACAAAAAGUUUGAGGAACUUGUUAUUCUGUAUCAGAACAAAGGAAACCAUAAGAAAGCCCUAGAACUCCUUUUACGAAAAGCUCAGAAGGCUGGAGCAUGGUUUGGUCCAUCCAAAACUGUGGAGUAUUUACAGCGCUUGGGAAAAGACAACCUCCCAUUUAUCUUCGGGUACUCAGGAUGGGUUUUGAAAAGUCGACCUGAAUAUGGCCUCAAAAUAUUUACUGAAGAUAUUCCCGAAGUGGAAGGCUUGCCUCGGGAGGAAGUAUUGUCGCAUAUUGAACAAAACGCGCCACAAUUACAAAUUCCUUACUUGGAGCAUAUAAUUCAUGUCUUCAACGAGCAAAAACCGGAACUGCAUAACAGACUUGUGGAUUGUUAUCGAGAGCGAAUCUCUGAGCUGAUGGUUUCAUAUAAAGAAGAGAUGCUGGAAGGAGAGGAGUUACCGCGCGCGGGCAAGGAGCCUGGCGAACUUGGGGAAUUACGAAGCACCUUACUGAAGUUUCUUCGUGAAUCAAGAUGCUAUAAACCUCAGAAUUUACUCACCCAUUUUGAUGACAGUUUCUUCGAAGAACGCGCACUGCUACUUGGAAGACUGGGUCGUCACGAGGAUGCGUUAGCGAUAUAUAUCCAUGUUUUAAAUGAUAUUGAAAUGGCUUCAUCGUAUUGCAAACGGACGUAUAGCGAGGAAUGGAAGUAUAGCAAAGAUGUGUAUGCCCGUUUGCUGAAAAUGUAUCUGUCACCCCCUGAAUCAAUACAAGGAGCUAAAACCACAGAUCUUAACUUGAAGCCAAAUGUAGAAGCUGCGUUGAAUGUUCUUCAAAAACACUACGAUAAAAUUAAUCCAGUAAAGGCGUUAGAACUUCUUCCAACGACCAUUCAGAUCCAGGAAAUAGUUCCUUUUUUGGGGAGUAUUUUAGAAGAGAAAUCCUGUAAGAAGAAGACGAGCCAGGUUUUAAAAAGUCUGUUGUACGCCGAGCAUCUUCAGGUUAAAGAACGUAGGAUGCAUUAUCAAACAGGCAAGGUUUUAAUCACAGAUGAACGCGCAUGUCGUGUCUGCCACAAGAAGAUAGGAACCAGUGCCUUCGCGUGCUAUCCGAGUGGGGAAAUCCUGCAUUAUUACUGUUACAAUAGACCCACAGAGAAACACGCAUAGGGUUUGCUGUGACUGCCAAUCCACUGAUUAGAGAGUUUAUAACAAUUUUUCAUACUUAAGCAAUAGAUAAAUCGACAAUUUGAAUACAACAAUUAUAGAAAAAAAUUGUAAUAAAAAAAUAU